UUUGAAUCAUGGAACAGAUUCGCUUCCAUACAGUUACAGGACAGGAUGACUUUAGCUAACUGCUCAUUUACAUCACUUUGACAACGUUUUACACUGAAGCAGGCGGUAAACAGGAACACCAACGUACUGUUGCUCAAAACAGCCACAUCAACUACAGUCAGCAACAAAUCCCCCGUCCUCUGCUGUAAAAUCGCUCAAUUUAGUCAGUUGUUGAGUUAGGAGGAAAUGUAUAAACUUCGAGAAGCGCUGUUUCCGACUGAGAGUUUAUUAUUUGGGCCUUCUUGCCAGUGUUAUAGCCUCGUAUCAGUUUCCACAUCCAUGUGUUCCAACAUUUCUCACGUGUCCAGUGUGAACAGCGAGGAUAUGAAUGGAUGGAAAUGUGCUGCAGCUCUGCACUCAAACGGCGCUCUGCUCGAACUUUCCGGCUUGCCGUAGUGUUUGCAACAUUUAGCGCGAACUUCAAUGCAAAGCGAACCCGAACCGAGAGGAGACUGCUGUUUCCAAAAGCACAGCCGUUGUCACUGUUCUGUCACCGAAGAUGAGACGAUAAUAAGCGUUGCUGCUAGUACUAUGUGUUAGUCAGCGGCCUAUAGCUGUUCUUAGCUUUGCUAUGGAGAUGAAGCGGGCAGAGCUGCUAACUCAACGUUAGCUGAGAGGAGGCUAACAGUACGGACAGCUCAAUCAAAACAGGCACGUCGAGGAAUCAGGAGCCAUGAGACGGAGUCUGGCCCCCAGUCAGGUUGCCAAACGGAAGCGAUCAGGAGAUCCAUGUGAAGAUGAUGAGUGGACAUGUAGAACUGAGAAAAGAUGGAGAAGUGAUGAUGAGAUGGGAGGAAUCCCUGUGUCUCCCUUCAGGAAGCCUCUGACACAGCUGAACAACCGGCCUGCAUGUCUGGAUGGUGAAAAUCAUGAGGCUUUUAUACGAAGUGUCCUCUCCAAGCCGUUUAAGAUUCCUCUUCCAAAUUACACAGGCUCUCUGGGAAUCAGGGCACUUGGUCUAAAGCGCGCAGGAGUCAGGAGAGCUCUUCACGAUCCCUUCGCUGAAGAUGCUUUGGUUCUUUAUGAGCCUGCGUCUUUGAGUGCUCAUGACCUGAUCAAAGCUGAAAAAGAAAAACUCCCAGUCCACGUUGUCGUGGAUCCAGUUUUAGGAAAAGUGCUCAGACCCCAUCAGAGAGAGGGGGUGAAGUUCCUGUGGGAGUGUGUGACGGGCAGACGUAUCUCUGGAUCAUUUGGCUGCAUCAUGGCUGAUGAGAUGGGCCUUGGGAAGACUCUGCAGUGCAUCACCCUUAUGUGGACCCUGCUACGCCAAAGCCCUGAUGCCAAGCCAGAGAUAGACAAAGCCAUUGUUGUCUCACCUUCCAGUUUGGUUCGCAACUGGUACAGUGAAGUGGGAAAGUGGCUGGGAGGACGUGUCACACCAGUGGCCAUCGAUGGAGGUUCAAAGGAUGCAAUCAAUAGACAGCUAGUGAACUUCAUGUCACAGCAUGGUUUGAGAGUACCAACCCCGAUCCUCAUUAUUUCAUAUGACACAUUUCGACUGCACGCUGAGGUUUUGCACAAGGGCAAAGUCGGACUUAUCAUCUGUGAUGAGGGCCAUCGAUUGAAGAACUCCGACAACCAGACAUACCAGGCCCUCAAUGCGAUGCAUGCCCAGAGGAGAGUGCUGAUAUCAGGCACUCCCAUCCAGAAUGACUUGCUGGAGUACUUCAGUCUGGUCCACUUUGUUAAUGCUGGGAUCCUUGGCAAUGCCCAGGAGUUUAAAAAGCGAUUUGAGCUUCCCAUCCUGAAGGGUCGAGAUGCAGCUGCCAGUGAUAAAGACAGACAGACUGGGGAGGAGAAACUCAAGGAGCUCAUCGGUAUUGUCAACAGGUGUUUAAUCAGGAGAACAUCUGACAUUUUGUCAAAAUAUCUCCCUGUGAAGAUCGAGCAGGUUGUGUGCUGCAGACUGACUCCACUGCAGACAGAGCUCUAUAAGCACUUCCUGAGGCAGGCCAAACCCAUUGAGACAUUACAAGAGGGCAGAAUAAGUGUCUCAUCCCUGUCCUCCAUUACAUCACUCAAGAAGCUGUGCAAUCACCCAGCUCUGAUCUAUGAGAAGUGUGUAGAGGGUGAGGAGGGCUUUGAGGGGGCACUGGAUCUGUUUCCACCUGGCUACAGCACUAAAGCUGUGGAGCCUCAGCUCUCUGGUAAAAUGCUUGUUCUUGACUACAUCCUGGCAAUGACGAGAAGCACAACUAGUGACAAGGUGGUGCUUGUCUCCAACUACACUCAAACACUGGACCUCUUUGAAAAGCUGUGCAGAUGUAGAAGAUAUCUCUAUGUUCGACUGGAUGGCACAAUGUCCAUCAAGAAAAGGGCCAAGAUUGUGGAAAGAUUCAACAGCCCAUCAAACCCAGAGUUCAUCUUCAUGCUGAGCAGCAAGGCUGGUGGAUGUGGCCUGAACCUAAUUGGUGCUAAUCGCUUGGUUAUGUUUGAUCCUGACUGGAACCCAGCCAAUGACGAGCAGGCUAUGGCUCGGGUUUGGAGAGAUGGCCAGAAGAAGACAUGCUACAUCUACAGGCUGCUUUCUACGGGGACGAUCGAAGAGAAGAUCCUGCAGAGGCAGGCCCAUAAGAAAGCCUUGAGCAGCUGUGUGGUAGAUGAGGAGCAGGAUGUGGAGCGUCACUUCUCUCUGGGUGAACUCCGAGAACUCUUCACUCUCAACAAGGAAACCACCAGCGACACACAUGACAAGUUUCGCUGUCGCCGCUGUGUGAAUGGCAGGGAGGUACGGCCACCAGCAGAUGACUCUGACUGUACCAGUAACCUCUCCCAGUGGAACCACUGCUUUGACAAGAAGGGCCUGAGGGACCAGGUGUUGAAAGCCUCUUGGGACGCUGCUGUCUCUUUUGUCUUCCACCAACGCUCCCAUGAGGACCAGAGGGGUGUAGUGUAACAGCAGGGACACACCACACUCUCUGCCACAUGUUUUGUAUAUACACUGAUAUUUAUGGGUUGUUGAGAUUUUUGUUGAUUUUUAUAAAUAAAUAAAAAAUUAAAGGAGAACAAUUGA